CUAAACUCAGGAUAUCGUUUUCUUACCUCCUUUUUCGAACCACUUGGUCCCAUUAUCUUUGAAAGAUCUGUCAUUAAGACCCCCGCUCCUCGUCUUCCCCGCCGUCAAGUUUCGAGUCAAUCAUGGGAUCUGGUUCUCCUCCCUUGGGCCCAAAGCCCAAGGCCAUCCCUUCUCACCUGCUGAACGGCGGGUCUCCUCUUGCUGGGUCCGUCGCGUCGAGGGAUGUCCGCGAGCGGGAGAGUUUGAAUACUUCUAUCCGCUCGUCUUUCGCUCCUCGUGUUCCCGUGGAGUUCGAUCAGCCUGAGUCAGAGUCGCAUCCGACCGAACUUGCUAGCAGCUACGAUAGCCCUCGUCGCAGAUCUUCUGUGACUAAGCCUUCAUUACAUGACCCAGCCCGCGACCCCAGAGACGAAGCUGCCCUCACCCCGCCGGCAACGACCGGUAGCCCCACCAGCCCGUAUGCGCUGACACCUGCGAUUGAUUUUGAUGGCCUAAGCUGGCCAUGCCCCGGAACACGGGCACGGCUUGAGUCAACCCCAGAGGAAAAUGAGGCGCGGAUUAAGAAGCUCUCGGGGGCUGUGCGGACAAUCCUUGAAUGUCUUGGUGAAGACCCCGAUAGGGAGGGUCUCCGAGAAACACCUGACCGGUAUGCGAAAGCUAUGCUCUACUUUACCAAGGGAUACGAGGAGAACGUGCGGGACCUUGUCAACGGCGCGGUCUUCCAUGAGGACCAUGAUGAAUUGGUUAUUGUCAAGGAUAUUGAUGUAUUCUCCUUGUGCGAGCAUCAUAUGGUGCCUUUCACCGGAAAGAUGCACAUUGGCUACAUCCCGGACCGCCGCGUCCUCGGUCUCUCCAAGCUUGCCCGCCUAGCGGAAAUGUUUUCCCGCCGCCUUCAGGUGCAGGAGCGCUUAACGAAACAGGUUGCCCUCGCUAUUUCAGAAGUUCUCAAGCCGCGAGGCGUCGGCGUGGUCAUGGAAUCGUCGCAUCUUUGCAUGGUUAUGCGCGGAGUCCAAAAGACGAGCAGCAGCACAACAACCAGUUGCAUGCUCGGAUGCAUGCGCUCCAGCGCGAAGACCCGCGAGGAAUUCCUCACCCUCUUGAACAGGAAAUAA